CCAGGACUGGGGCCAGCGCCAAUCAGGUGGCUCGGUACCUGCCCCCAGCCACGGCCACCUGGAGGGGCGAUGAGGUUCUCCGCUCCGUGCGGGGCCAGUGCUCGGAGCGCGGGGGAACGCAGAGGAGCCUCACGUGGGCAGCCCCAGGCCCGGGCGCUCGGAAGGACGCGCGCAAACCCGGUGCCAGCCGAACGCGGGAGCGGCCGCCGGAGCGAAGCUGCUCAGCUGCGGAACUGAUGCCCUUGGCCAUGACGCACCCCCAACCUCUAUCUGCUCAGGCGCAGCCUGCGUGACCAAGCCGUCGCUGUCCCAGCUGUUUCACGUCACUGUUCCCUUUACUGAACAGUUUGAUGGGGCGUCGGGCGGAUGACAGCGGGAACAGUUGUGAUCACUGGCGGAAUCCUAGCUACGGUCAUCCUCCUCUGCAUCAUUGCCGUCCUGUGUUACUGUAGGCUCCAGUAUUAUUGCUGCAAGAAGAGCAGAGCCGAAGAUGCAGACGACGAGGAGGAGGAGCACGACCUGCCCCCACACCCCAGAGGCCCCAGCUGUAAUGCCUGCAGCUCCCAAGGCCUGGACGGCCGAGGUGGCCUGGCGCCUCUCACCAGCGAGCCCUGCGGCCAGCCAUGUGGGGUGGUGGCCGGCCACUGCACCACCUGCUCCCCAUACAGCUCCCCCUUUUACAUACGGACGGCUGACAUGGUGCCCAAUGGGGGCGGAGGCGAGAGGCUCUCCUUCGCUCCUACAUACUACAAGGAAGGGGGACCCCCACCCCUCAAGUUGGCAGUGCCCCAGAGUUACCCGGUGACGUGGCCAGGCUCUGGGCGCGAGGUCUUCACCAAUCCAAGGGCUAUUAGUACAGACGUGUAACCCCCUUCCCCCCUGACCCCUCCACAUACCGACGCUGCUGUCCCGGCAGGAACAACCGGGGGGGGGGCAGCAGGGGACCCCUCCAACAGCCCACAAGGACAAUCUCAGUGGUUUUCUUUUGUUUGUUUUGUUUGUUUUGUUUUUGUAUUUGUUUUUGUUUUUGUUUUUUGGCUUUUCUUGCUCCACAGUGGAUUCAAGCUGCCGAGUCAUUGAGAACCAGGGCAGGCCCAGAGGUGGGGGCUGGCUGGAUGUGUGGGCAGCCGUGCCUCUGUCUGUGCUGGAACGUUCCUCCCCCAGCUCCAGCCCUGCCACCACCCCUCUUGCUUACCUCGCUCCCCCCAGCUUUGCUGGACUCUGAGCGGAAGAACAGCAGGGAAAGCUAAGCAAAGGCCUUCUUGUGGGGGGCCUCCUUGGGCGAUGGAAGGAGAAAGGGGACUGAGGGCGCAGGGAGAGGUGAGAGAUAAGGCACUGCGAAUCUGAGAAGGGAGGGGAAGGUGUUCCCCCUCUUCGGGACCUGCUUGCUAAAACGAAUCCGAAUCCGAGACCCAGUUCACAAGCUAGUUUUUUUGUAUGUGAUGAUCAUGGGGACUGCAGUCCCUGUCGCUGCUCCAAUAUGGAUAUUGAUUCUGGAACCCGCUACGUUCCCCUUCCUCGUGGGACACACUGAGUGGACUCGGAAGGCCGUGGCCUAAGGUUAUUUGUGGGGAAUGCACCGAAAAGGGAAGCCUAACCUUGUCUCCCCCCAAAUCCUCUUUCUCUGCCUCUGGAACCAGCUGCCCCUGCUGGAGAACCUUGUUGAAGUUUUGUUACGGAGUCUGAGCAGCUUGGCGGAUGAGACCUUCUUGCUGAUGGUCUCUGGGGCCCCGGUCUGCCACCCUGAGCGCUGCAUGGGGGAGCAGUGCUGUGAGGGUGCGUGUGUUCUCAGGUGGGCACACACCUGUCACCACCCGCACACGUCACACACCAGGGGCUUUGCGGUCUCUGGGAGCUGCAGAGUGGAAGGGGCUCUGAUGUACGGACUAGAAAGGGAAAUCUGACCCUCAGACAGCAUGAGUGGAAGAUGAUUAAGGUAGCUAGUCCCCUAGCAAGCAGCUGGCUGGUGCAGGGGGAGCCUGCUGUCUCCGGGGGACAAUGCUGCAGCAUUGAAGCCAUGUACCCCCUUUAGAGGCCCAGCCUUCUACUUGGGCCUCCAGCAGCAUCAUCAUAGAGCUGGACGACUUCACUGCACCGGGGACAGCGGCCCCCACUCCUGGAUUCCAUGCUUGCCGCCCUCCCUCCGCUGUACCCCCCCAGCCCCCCAGUCUCCAGUGAGGGCCUGUUACUUGCCCGAGCCCAGCCCUCCCUUCCCACGUAGAACUCCGCUGUGGCCCAAUGCCAUUUGAGGAAGUGCACCUGAUGAGUUUUCCAGUUGCCUCUACACUAAGGGGGUGGCCGCUCCCCCUUCUAAGGACAUACAUAACCCCCAGCACUUCUGAGUCACCGCAUGCCGCAGAGGGUGGGGCAGGGAAAGUGCUAGCCCCUUUGCGGAAAGCGUGAUUUUGCAUUUGAGAAAGGGCCAGGUGCAUCUGGGAGAGGGGAGGGGAGGAGAGGAUUCACCACACCUCCUGUUUCACUUUGUCUGAGCACUUGUCACCUUGCAUCUCAGCUGUAAUUAGGGCACACCCGGUGAAGAAUCAGGGGACCUGGGGUCUGGUCACACUGAAGUCACUCGUUAGCUCUAGGACCAGUCAUUUAUCUUCUCUGAGACCCCAUAUUCUCCAGGAAAAGGAGACCUGCCCAGACGGUCCCUAAGAAACAGCCAGGACUUCCUGAAAAGAUCUGCCGGCCACACUGCUUUUCCUUGCCCGAGUCCUGGCAGGGGCUAGAUGCACUUGCCAAUGGCCUGAUCCAGUGCACGUGGAUGUGUGUUGAGGACUGAGCCACCACCGUGAAAUACAGGUUUAGCAGGCAAAACAAUUUUAAUUGUUCGGUGAAAAGCAAACACGUUUGUCUGAUUCUCCUCCUGGGGCAUCUCAGACAGUAACAGGUCCUUAUAGCAGGAGGCAGCUCUAAGCAGGGUGUCAUGAGAUCUGCCUCCCAGUCCAGAGGCACCGGUGUGGGACAGCAACUUUAACAUGCGCCAUCCCAUUGCCCGUCCUUAUUGGGCCAAGCGCACCCCCCUUGCCACGAGCUGCUGGGUCUGACAGCUGUUUUGGCCUCCUGACGACCAGCCCUUGUGCCUUGCUGCCCAGGAAUUCCACAGCUGAUCAGCCACAGCAAGGGUGGUGGCUCCUCACCAAAACAUAAUGACAUUGUUCCUCUUGCCUUUGGCGAAAUCAAGACAGCCCUGUCGGCUAUCACCUGCUUCUGGCUCUGAUCUAUUGAGGUCCCUGAAUGAAAAGCAUCUUAAACAGUCCCCUGUCAUCCUGUAGCUUUCCCAGCCUAGAUCUUGUCAACACAUUGAAAUCUGGGCUUGGGGACACUGGAGAGGUGAUGGGCCACGGCUCUCCCCUACACACCCCCCACAGCGUGCAGGGCACAGUCUCCGGAUUGCCUGUCCAUCCCCCUGUCACGGGGAGGGCCUUACCUACAGAAGAGGAAGCUCACCCAUUCAACUGCGCCGCACACUUCGUCUCUGUGGAGUCUGUCCCAUGGGACACUGUCUGGACACUUUUCAAAUCGUACCCUAACAGGAAGAGAAGGAGAAGAAGCUGGGAACACUUUCCUGUCUGCCAUCUUGUCUCCACCUCCACGUCACCGCUCUUGCUACAGAUUUCCCAUCCUGCAUCUUUGAUAACUUGGAGUCACAACCA